GGGCUGCUGUAACAUCCCUAGUAAGGGUUGGGCUUGAGCCCGUUUCUUUUAAUCUUGAAUCACAAAAAAUAAAGGAAGCCGUGUGAGCUCUAAAACCCUACAUCGGGUUGAACCCUCUUUCCAUCCCUUCACUGCAACCAAGAUGAAUUUCAACAACGUGAAUGUCCCAAAGGUUCCUGGCGGUGGAGUCGCUGCUUUGCUUAAAGUCAGCAUUAUCGGUGGGCUUGUUGUGUAUGGGGCUACUAACAGCUUGUACAAUGUUGAGGGUGGUCAUCGUGCCAUUGUCUUCAACCGUAUUAUUGGUGUCAAAGAUAAGGUCUAUCCUGAAGGAACACAUAUCAUGAUUCCUUGGUUUGAGAGGCCUGUCAUUUAUGAUGUUCGUGCACGACCUCAUUUGGUCGAGAGUACUUCAGGAAGCCGUGAUCUCCAAAUGGUGAAAAUUGGACUUAGGGUCCUUACCCGUCCUCUACCAGACCAAUUGCCUACCGUUUACCGUACUCUGGGUGAGAAUUAUAAUGAAAGGGUCCUACCUUCUAUUAUACAUGAAACUCUCAAAGCUGUUGUUGCACAGUAUAAUGCCAGUCAGCUCAUUACCCAGAGAGAGAAUGUUAGUCGAGAAAUAAGGAAGAUAUUGACUGAAAGGGCCUCCCAAUUUAGUAUUGCUUUGGAUGAUGUUUCAAUCACAAGUUUGACGUUUGGGAGGGAAUUUACAGCUGCAAUUGAAGCCAAGCAGGUUGCUGCUCAAGAAGCUGAGAGAGCUAAAUUUGUUGUAGAAAAAGCUGAACAAGACAAAAGAAGUGCUGUCAUUAGAGCUCAGGGUGAAGCUAAGAGUGCCCAGUUGAUUGGUCAAGCAAUUGCUAAUAAUCCUGCAUUUAUCACCUUAAGGAGAAUUGAAGCUGCUAGGGAAAUUGCUCAAACAAUAUCAAAUUCUGCCAACAAGGUUUACUUGAAUUCGAAUGAUCUCCUAUUGAAUCUUCAGGGGUUAAAGUUGGAACCUAUUGGGAAGAGAUAGUUGUGAAGCUGAAUUCACUUGAAAACUUCAUCCUUUUAACUGUUGAAAUAUGAGAUUCAGCUUUGUGAACUGAAAUGUGGACGAACUGAUAGUCAUUAUCCAUUGUUAUCAGUGUUGCAAAUGGCGGACCAUGGUGGGUGACAGACUAUCAGCCAUGGCAGUUUGCUGGAAUUUCGCCAUGGCGCAUAUUGAGUCUAAUUGCCACGAGACAUAAGUUGCAUGCCUUCAGUUAUUUGGUGCUAUCCACCCUAUUGAAAUAAUUUAUUUAAUUAAACACAGUAUUGAUUUUUCAUACUUUAUCUAGACAACUUGUAUACUAUUUAUCUACCUAUCUUGUUUCUUAUUUUACGUCUUAUUGCAUGGUUU